ACAUGUCGUUCAGACGGUCUCUAUGAACUCAUUACUGACCGUCAUAAAUGCAGGGAUUUGAGGACGGACCCUUCAGUCAAUUGCUUUCAGUUUGCUUUUCAGGAUGUUUCUUACAUUCAUUGUGGGAUUGAGUGCGUUUGUUUUGGCAUGGCUUUACAUCUAUUUGAGAAGAAAUCGUGGGUACGUUGAGACCUUGGGACUGCCUGUGGAUCAACCCCAUGUUGUUUUUGGAAGCUCCCCUUUAUUGCCGCAUCAAUAUCUUAUGCAUAAUGUGCAAAUGGACAAAAUGAAAAGAUUCGGCAAGACCUACGUCGGAUAUGAUUAUGUUCAGCCAAUAUUGGUCACAAUCGAUCCAGAACUGAUCAAGGCCGUGACCAUCACCCAUUUUGAAAACUUUUCCGACACUCUUAACUUCAAGAUUGAGCCGAAAGUGACCACUUUGGAUGCUGCCGGAGGGACGGUGUGGCACGUUUUAAGGAAGAAUAUGAGUCCAACUUUCUCCUCUGGAAAGCUCAAGGGCAUGAUGGAACCCAUCAGUGAGAUUGCUGAUGACAUGAUUCAAUAUCUCAACGACGAAAUUCCAAAGAAUCCUGAUGUGAACGCGAAGGAAUUAUUUCAAGGUUUUGCCUUGGAGACCAUCAGUCAAUCGGCCUUUGGAAUCAAGAGCAACGCUUUCCGUGACAAGACGAGCGAUUUGCUUAAACAUGGGCAAGAAGCUUUUUCGGGCUUUGUCAUGCACAACCUCAUUGAAAGUCUCGUGUCUUUGACGCUCUUUCAAUUCCCGGCGUUAUUUUCAUACAUUAGCAUUUUCCCAUCGGCCUAUUACAAGCUUUACGAUGUGACCGCCAAUAUUAUGAAACAACGAUCAGACCAGGGCAUCAAGAAGAAGGACUUCCUGGCCCGACUUCAAGAACUUGUCGAGGAAAUCAAAAAGAAUCCCAAUGGCGAGGUGGGGAAAAAUCUCACGGCAGAGCACGUCAACGCCCAAGGGGCUGUUUUCUUUUUGGCAGGAUUUGAAACCACUGCCAAUACACUCUCCACCCUAUGUUAUAACCUGGCCAAACACCCGGAAAUUCAAGACAAAGUUCGAGAGGAGAUCACCAAUGUUGUGGAUGAGUGUGACGGGCGGAUUGAUUACGAUUCGGUGCAGGGCAUGAAAUAUCUGGAAGCUUGUAUCCAUGAAAACUUGCGAAUGUACCCACCGGCCACUCUGCACAUCCGUCAAUGUACAAAGGAUACAGAGAUUGCCCCCGGCCUGGUCAUCAAGAAAGGCAUGCGAGUGGAUUUCCCCAUCUACGCUAGUCAUCAUAAUCCCGAGUUUUUUCCCGAGCCCGAGAGUUUCGACCCGGAACGAUUUAUGCCGGAGAACGAGAAGAACACCUGACCUAUCGACCAUUUGGGGGUGGUCCUCGUUUUUGCAUCGGGCAGCGUUUUGCUUUAAUCGAGAUGAAAAUGGCCGUCGCCAAAUUGCUCACCAACUAUCAGAUCAACACAUCUCCCCAAACUCAACUGAAGUUCGAAAAUGGGAGUCCUUUCUUUCUCAGCUACCCAGAGCUUGUGUUGCGAAUCGAAAAGUUGUAAGCUUGUUAUCUAGCCCUCUAUGUUUAUCCAACAUCAUUUAAUACGUGUCAAUCCCUCAUAUCAAAACCAAACAAUUAUAGUGAAACACCAUUCGCCAGAGUUGGCCUUGAAUGACAAGUCAACGACGGCCCUUCGAGAACGAUCAGAUGCUCCAAUAAGCCAAGCCAAGUUGAUAGUGCGAAAGAAUAAGUGCAAAAGAUGGCAAUCCAGACGAGUCAAUAACGUCACGCAAGAUGCCCAUAACCCAUGACAGUUGUAGAAGGACAUGCAAAUGUAUGUAACACCCUUUUUUAGACCUAGAUGUGUAUAGGUGAAAUCAGCAAGAUGUUUAUCUAACACAUGCCAAUGCCAACAACUAACCCAUGUUCACGUAAGAGUCAUAAGUUAGAAGAAAGAAAGCUAUCGAGGAAGACACCUAACGAAGAAGAGUUAAGUUGAUAUUCCCACCUUUGACAAUCAUCAAUUCCGGUUCAAUAAGCCUCCGCCAUACCGUAAGGUCUGACACUGUAAAUAUACUUAUUCAAGUUUUGGA